GAAGGCACGGGUUUUCCGGCCUAAAGAGGAAAAACACACAUCUCCAAGCCGCAAGACGAAAGAGGAGAAGCGGCUGCUCGUGAAUAAUUAACCCGCGUUAACGUUCCCACUUAUUGGCGUAAUCUACCGUAAGUUACGCGCUUGCGGCGGUGAUUGCAUCUCCGUGAAGGGAAGGCCGACACGGUGGGAAGUAGUCGCGUUAGUUCGAUGUGCCAUGGCAUCCGUCCACUGAACUGCUCCAUCUCAGCCGCUACAAGCACCGGGCAUUGGUGUGCACCUUCCCAGUGAAUGAAACUGAUAGACCGUCACCAUGGAAACGGAUGCAGAAGUUAUUCCUAUCUGGCAGAAUAAGCCUCAUGGAUCCACCCGUAGUGUUGUGAGGAGAAUAGGUUCCACUCUUCCGCUUAGACCUCCACAGAGAGCAUGCUUCCAGGAACUACCGGGCAUGCCCAGUCUUCGGCCUAGAGAUGGCCCCAUCGUGCCUACCUUGGCCGACAUAGCCUGGAUUGUUGCAGAUGAAGAAGAGACGUAUGCCCGAGUGCGGAGUGACAAUCGACCUCUGAAACACGAAUGGCGGCCCACGCCUCUCCUGGUGCUCCACAGGAACUCGUCUGUACCCAACUUCCGCCGUGAGGGCAAAAGGGUGGAGGGGCUUAGGAAGCCUGGGGUGACGGCCAUGAACCGUACCACUGCCCUGCAAGACGAGCUCAGCAGGCUGCGCGCACAGAUCGCCAAGAUUGUGGCAAGCGAUUCUGACUCCAACCCUGUGACCCCUGACCUGCUCUCCCCUGACGACACAAGUAUGAGCUUCUCCAUGGCGCCUUUCGAGACGGCGCCCUAUCAGCCGGCCGCUACAGCUGCCGCUUCCUUUGUCAUCAGUGAUGUCACAGAGGAGGAGGAAGAAGAGGAAGAGGAAGAAGAAGGAGAUGUGGUCUCUGUGGUGUCAGAGCUGGUCCCUGACCCCCUUCCGCCCGUUUCCAUGACGGCAUCAGCGACCUUUGAUCUGGACAGACCCAGCAUGGAGUUCCGGGAGGCGGAGGAGGAUACAGUGUCUCUAUCGAAAUCGACCAGCUUUGCUGAUGUUAUGGACAUCCUGAAGGACAUGAACCGCAUGAAGAUGAGCAAAGACAGGUACAACAGAGGCUGUACGUCCCUCAGAGAGGAGGACUCCGCUUCUCUAAUUUCAGAAGUUCUGAGAAAAAAGUUUGUCCUGAAGGAAGAAGAUACGGAAGCUGUGAAACGGAAGUAGCCUGAUUACGUGUUCAUCAUCAAUACCCGAUCCUGCUGCUCCAUGCCUUUGCCUGUGGAAUAUGUACCCGUGGAUCCACGACUUUGCUCCUCAGGCCCAAAGCAAUAGCUGUCGGCCGGAGGUGGAACGAAGCCCCUCUGUCUCAGACAUUCAGUAUCUGUGAGGAAGAUCUUCCAACUCUUAACUCUAACAAUAAUCCCAUAUUGCAUCCAGUUAGUUUUUCUCUGGAAAAAGGACUUUGGUGCUGCAUUUAUUUUGAGUAAGUUCUCAACAGACACAGAAACUUAUUAUGUCUGGGCAACUUUUUUUUAAUUUUGUUAAAGGACACGGUGGAGGGCCUGAUUUCCAAACAAACAUGACUUAAAACAGGAAUGUCCCUUUUUAAAAUGUGCUUUAUUCAUCCCGUUACGAACAGUUAUUUUUUUUAUAAAUUCUUCAUUUAGUCUCAAAUAAACAUUUUUGUUUUUUCAGUGUCAGGAAGCCCUCUAACAGUUUUAUCUACAAAUGACAAAGUGAUCAGAAAUGUACUGUGUCUGUGUGUGUGGGAAACUUCAGAUUUUUGCUGUUAUUUGCAUUACAGGUGUUUACAAAUGUGCACAGCAUUGUGUACAUGCUGUUGCUUGCUCCAUUGCACCUCUCAUGCCUGUCCUCUUUUUUGUGAUUAAUAUAUAUAUUAAUAGUCACAGAACUACAGGACCUUUUGAAAACCCAAACUGAAAUGCGAAUAUAAAAGAGUGAAGUGCGACGUAAAAAAAAACAAGCAAAUGUGUGAAUGAAACCCAUCGCUGUUUGUAGUCAUGCGUGUUUCCAGUAAAGAGAAUGACGGACACAAGCAGAUUUCUUUAGACACACAUUUUUGUUUGCCACCGGGUGUACAUUGUUCUGCCCAAAACCACCUUUUUUUAUGAGCCGACAUUAUAUCACAUUCUGUAUGCAGAGUGUUGUCAAAGCCACGAGUAAAAGCAUCGACGAUGGCGAUGGAUAUUCUUGUCUGUGCUUUACCUCGGAUCUGUUGUCUGAUUUUACUCCCUUAUUGGUCUAAGUGCCAUGGGUUUGGUUAAUCAGCCCAGCCCUCUUUGCCUGCCCUUAUCUAAAUGUGUCCUCCAUCCUCAUCCGUUAUGCUGAAUAUUUGAUUGAAACACCCCCCAACCAGGAAACGCUUUCCCUUAAGUCAGUUUUACCUCCACAUAUCACUCGUCUUUUUUUCCUGACACGUUAAUGCCUGCAUGACGGAGUGUCGUUUUGCAGUGUGGAAAGUGGAGUGUGUGUGUUAACUUAUGUUCUGUCCUGCUAGAGUUGCCCGUCAACUUGUCCUGGGAGAUUUGUCUCGGUAGUUAUACGUUUCCUCUUUGAACAGAGUGAAGUAUAAAAUGACUGAAUGAGGAAAAACUACUAUAUGCAAGUUUAAAUAUAUUAAUCGUGUGUCUUUACCUAAGAUGAUGAACCUUACACAGCAUACUCUGCCAACUGCUUCACUAGUCCUGCUAACUUAUCAAGUGGAGAAUUUAGUUGAGGAUUUAACGCAGUUUUCAACUUAAAAUGUUGGUUUUUACUUGCGUUCAGGACGGAACCCACCACCACCAUAUGUAUGUUUAUUUUAUUGUCAUAAGGACUUGUAAAUAAAGAUUGGCUGAUGUUUUAAAACUGA